UCGCCGUCGGCGGAAGAGAUAGUUUAUCCUCGUGAAAAAGCUCGCGCCCCGAAAGCCUCUCAUCUUUGCAUGGAGGUCGGCGACGAGAACGAGGACGGCUACGAAGCCGGAUGCGAGAGCGACCCCGAUGCUCUCGCACGCACGCGACACCUCCGGAGCAAGCGCAGACACAGUUCCAGUCGCGCUCGCACGGAGACUGUCGCGUCCUCCGGCAUGAAGGCGUACGUUGGUCUCGGCCUGGGACUCCCCUCGGGGGUCCUUCCUCAGCCGCACAGGAGACCAGCGUACGGCUUCGACGAGGUCGACGAUAUCCCCAAAAGCUCCGCCAUCGUUGUGGAGAGGGGUAUCUGUCGUCCUCGGGCUGGGCGGACGUGGGACAGCUGGCCGCCUGUCGCGCCGUCCCCGUCACUGCUGCCCAGUCCCACCCUGGCGUUUGGUCCGUCGCGGACCUGCCUGUCUCCGGGUAGCCCUGCGUGGCCUCGGGUGUCGAUAGCGCCGUCGCCGUCGAUGCUGCCGAGCCCACGGUUUGCGUUCAUGGGUACUCCGAGGCGGCCGGCGUGGCCUCCGGUAGCACCGUCGCCGUCGAUGCUACCGACGCCUGUAUUCUGAUGCUGUAUCAGUGGCUUGCCUGGAGCAAUACCACUUGUACUGAGUAGUAUCAGAAUUGGAUAUUGAUCAACGGAAAGAC